GUUGUCUCAGAUAUUAAACAGGCGUUUUAAAUGUCGAAAACAUACGGAUUUCACGCAUACAGCCGCUUUUCUGACACAUUUUAAACAGCCUGAUAGCGAUUUGAACCUCAUUUGCCUUCGACCCUGCUCGUUGCUAUGGCAAUUCUUUUUGCUGUGGUUGCUCGUGGCACUACCAUACUCGCAAAGCAUGCCUGGUGUGGUGGUAACUUCCUUGAGGUGACGGAGCAGAUUUUGGCGAAGAUCCCCUCGGAAAACAACAAGCUUACAUAUUCUCAUGGCAGCUAUCUCUUCCACUACAUAUGCCAUGACAGAAUCAUCUACUUGUGUAUUAGUGAUGAUGAUUUUGAGAGGUCACGGGCGUUCGCCUUCCUCAACGAGGUGAAGAAACGUUUCCAGACCACGUACGGCUCACGAGCCCAGACCGCGCUGCCCUAUGCCAUGAACAGCGAAUUUUCCAGCACGCUGGCUGCACAGAUGAAGCACCACUCGGACCCCAGAGGGGUGGACAGAGCUGCAGAGGCUCAGACGCAGGUGGAUGACCUGAAGGGUAUUAUGGUCCGGAGCAUUGAUCUGGUGGCACAGAGAGGAGAGAGGCUGGAGUUGCUCAUCGACAAAACUGAGAAUCUAGUGGAUUCUUCUGUGACCUUUAAAACGACGAGUCGUAAUCUUGCCCGUGCCAUGUGUAUGAAGAAUCUGAAGUUGUGGCUGAUCAUCAUCGUAGUGGCACUUAUUAUUCUCUACAUCAUUGUAUCUGCGGCCUGUGGAGGACUAACCUGGCCCAGCUGUCAGAGGAAGUGAGAGAGAGAGAGAGAGAGCGCAAAAACCUACGAGAAACCACUGAUUUCCAGCUCUCACAUCUGUAAGGGACAUGAGCCACUCUCUAGACCAU